CUCGCCCUCUCCGGCGGGGCGAGGAUGGUGGCGGCCGGUCUGGCGGGCUCCCGCGGCUCGGCCCCGCGCACAGGCCGGGAUGCGCGGCGGGCGCGGCGAUGCGCGGCCCCCGGGAAGCCACGGCUGCGAGUUUGAGGUUUGGAUUUGCUUUGGAAGUCACAGAGCAGUUGCUGCUUCGUUUUACCUGCAUUAAAGUUUUAAUAUAGUAGUAUUAUUACAAACAGGAAGAAAAGGAAACAAGUAUCGCCAUACCUGACAGGAAACGGGAGACUUUGCUCUGAAAUAAUUGAUAAACAAGUGUGAAGCAUGAGGAUCAACUCUGCUGUUCAGGCUGCUAUUGACCUCACAGCAGGUGCUGCAGGUGGGACAGCCUGUGUGGUGACUGGCCAGCCCUUUGACACUGCCAAGGUGAAGAUGCAGACGUUCCCCAACAUGUACAAAGGACUUGUUGACUGUUUUGUCAAAACCUAUAAGCAAGUGGGAUUUCGAGGCUUCUACAAGGGAACCUCACCAGCACUUUUAGCCAACAUUGCAGAGAACUCCGUUCUGUUCAUGUGCUAUGGAUUUUGCCAACAAAUUGUGAGAAGAAUUGUUGGAGUAGACAGGAAAACAAAGCUCAGUGAUCUACAGAAUGCUGCUGCAGGCUCCUUUGCCUCUGCCUUUGCCACCCUUGUCCUCUGUCCCACAGAGCUGGUGAAGUGCCGGCUACAGGCCAUGCAUGAAAUGCAGUUGUCAGGAAAGAUAAUCCAGGGACACAAUACAGUUUGGUCAGUAGUGAAGGGUGUUAUCCAAAAGGAUGGUCCCCUUGGAUUUUAUCGUGGCCUGUCAAGCACUUUGCUGCGGGAAGUCCCAGGCUAUUUUUUCUUCUUUGGAGGGUAUGAACUGAGCCGGACAUUCUUUGCCUCUGGGAGAUCAAAAGAUGAAUUAGGUCCCAUUCCUUUGUUACUAAGUGGAGGUUUCGGAGGCAGCUGUCUGUGGAUUGCUGUGUAUCCUGUGGACUGUGUCAAAUCUAGAAUUCAGGUUCUUUCAAUGGCUGGAAAACAGGCAGGCUUUAUGGGAACAUUUGUAACUGUUGUGAGAACCGAAGGUGUGCUUGCCUUGUACUCUGGACUAACACCAACUAUGAUCCGUGCAUUCGUGGCCAAUGGAGCACUGUUCCUUGCCUACGAGUACAGCCGGAAACUUCUGAUGAAAGAGAUUGAUUCUUACUGAUACCGUCUUGCAAACAAAGAACAAGAGAUUGUUCAAGGCUCAUUUCAAUAAAUGAUGAAAAACACAUAGAUCACA